AAGAGGGGACUCUUGCUUCUUAGUCUAAUCUUCAUGGUUAAUCUCUCACCAAUAAUAAUAUUGGCUGAAGAAAUGAUGGAGCCAUAUGAUGAUCAAAAGCAAAACAACUCACAAGUAUACAUUGUUUAUGUGAAAAGGCCGGAGGAAAGAAAAUGGUAUGAGUCAUUGUUUAUGCAAUCAGAUGAUACAGAGAGCUGGUAUGAGUCAUUUUUACCUACAAACACCAAUGGCUUGGAGGAUGAUGAGCCGCCACGGAUGGUUUAUUCGUACCGAAAUGUGGCGACUGGUUUCGCGGCGAGAUUGACUGCCGAGGAAGUGAAAGCCAUGGAAAGUAAGGAUGGAUUCAUUUCGGCACGGCCGGAAAGGAUUCUUUCAUUGCAAACAACUCACACUCCUAACUUCAUGGGCUUGAACAUUCAGGCGGGGGGAUUUUGGGAAGGCUCCAAUUUUGGAAAGGGUGUGAUUAUCGGUGUUUUGGAUACCGGGAUAUUGCCGACUCAUCCUUCGUUUAGCGACGAAGGAGUGCCUCCCCCGCCUGCGAAAUGGAAAGGGAGGUGUGAAUUCAAUGGGACAAAUUGUAACAACAAAUUAAUUGGUGCAAAAGUUUUUCAACAUGGAAGUCAGCAAAUGGAAUCCACAGCAGUUGAUGUCGAAGGGCAUGGGACUCAUACAGCCAGCACGGCAGCCGGGAAUUUUGUGAAAGAUGCAGGUGCAUUUGGGAAUGCUAAGGGUACUGCGGCUGGGAUGGCACCUUACGCGCACUUGGCAAUCUACAAAAUAUGCUUUGAAUACGGUUGCAGUGAAAGUGACAUUUUAGCCGCAAUGGACUCCGCCAUUGACGAUGGUGUGGAUGUGCUUUCCCUUUCUAUUGGCGGAGGCUCCGAAAGUUUCAGCCAGGACGGCCUUGCAGUGGGUGCAUUCCGUGCAAUCCAAAAUGGAAUUUUUGUGAGUUGUUCAGCAGCGAAUAAUGGUCCACUCCUUCAAUCUGUAUCGAACGAGGCCCCAUGGAUUCUCACUGUUGGAGCAAGCACCAUUGACAGAAGCAUAAGGGCAAUAGCAAAACUUGGAAAUGGGGAAGAAUAUGAUGGCGAAUCCCAAUUCCAACCUCAAGAUUUCAAUCCAAAAAUAUUGUUGCCUCUUGUUUAUGCAGGCGUAAAUGGGUAUGGUGACAAUUCAUCCGCUCUAUGCGCCUCGGGUUCAUUGGAAGACAUUGAUGUGAAAGGAAAGGUAGUGCUGUGUGAGAGAGGUGGGAUUGGAGGAGUGGAUAAAGGCAAGAUAGUUGCACUUGCCGGUGGAGCUGCCAUGAUUCUCAUGAACCAAGAGCUUCAUGGCUCUAGUGUUUUCGCUGAACCUCAUGUGCUUCCCGCUACACAUGUCAGCUACGCUAUGGGGUUGAAAAUCAAAGCCUACAUCAACUCAACCGCAUCACCAACAGCCACAAUCUUGUUUAACGGAACUAUAAUUGGGGGGGAUAAUCAGUCAUCCGCUCCAACAGUUGCCUCCUUUUCUUCUAGAGGUCCAAACAAACAAAGCCCAGGAAUUCUGAAACCAGACAUCAUUGGACCUGGCGUUAACAUUCUAGCUGCGUGGCCGGUUUCUAUGGAAAACAACUCGAAUACGCUAUCAACAUUUAAAAUGAUUUCUGGCACCUCAAUGUCAUGCCCUCACCUUAGUGGCAUUGCAGCUUUGCUCAAGAGUUCACACCCUGACUGGUCGCCGGCCGCCAUCAAGUCUGCAAUCAUGACCACUGCUGACUCACUAAACCUUGGAGGAAAGCCCAUUGCAGAUCAAACGGUUCUUCGUGCCGAUGUCUUUGCCACCGGGGCAGGCCAUGUUAACCCAUCAAAAGCAAACGAUCCGGGGCUUGUUUAUGACAUCCAACCCAACGAUUACAUUCCUUAUUUAUGUGGUUUACAAUACACAGAUGAAAUGGUAGAGGUUAUUCUGAAUGUGAAAACUGCGGGAACGAUCAAGUGCUCAAAAGUGAAAAGCAUACCUGAAGCACAGCUGAAUUAUCCUUCGUUUUCAAUUACACUUGGGUCUAGCUAUCAGAGUUACACACGGACGGCGACGAACGUUGGUCGAGCUAACUCAACUUACACUCCCGAGGUUUUGGUUCCUCUAGGGGUAGGCAUAGACAUAGUACCUAAAGAGCUCAAAUUCACUGAGGUGAACCAGAAGGUGACUUACAGAAUGACAUUCAUCCCAAUCGGCAAUGUCAAGCAGGGUUUUUCUCAGGGAUAUAUCAAAUGGGUUUCUAAAUCUAAUAAAUACUCCGUUAGAAGUCCAAUAUCUAUCACUUUCAUAUAA